CUGACUCACUGAAUGCCCCAUAAAAACAGGCUCUGUGUGCGUUUAUUCACUUUUCAGUUGUUUUUCACCACCAAAAACUUGUCAAAAUGCCGAUGUGCGGAGGGCUGACCGAGGAAAAGGAGGCUGAUGAAGAAGUUCAGAAGAUCUGUGAUGCAAUGAAGCCUCACGCAGAGCAGAAAGCCGAGAGAAACUUUGAGGUUUUCAUUGCACAGAGCUACAAAACACUGGUCGUAGCUGGGACCAACUACUUCAUUAAGGUCUAUGUGGGAGAUGAAGAAUAUGUUCACCUCCGUGUUUACGAGAAACUCCCGUGUGAUGGAGAAGAGUUCGAGUUGACCGAUCUGCAGCACCCCAAGAGUCAAUAUGACAGUAUUGAGUACUUCUAAUGGGAAAAUGAACCAGCCAAAGUAUCAGUGCCUACAGCCUGUACUCUCAUUGUAAUCUAUUAAUAACCUGCUGCUUCAUGUGGGGAAAGCUUUCCUUAUUUACAUAUAAUUUAACAUACUACAGAUAAUGGAAGGCAAAGUGGAUCAGUUAAAUACGAGGUGGGUAAAUAAAUGAAGCAGAUUAUUUUUCUGUUAUUGUUUCUGAUUUGUGAAAUGCCUGCAGUUUCAGGAGCAGACUCUAUUUCUUCAUUUGUCACAAUGAAGCCAAGUUUCUUUCCUGAUAUGGACAAUGUCUGCAGUAAAACUCAGCUGCAAGCAUGUCUCCAGGCUCUGAAUUGAUUCAUGGAUUUUAGCACACAAUGUUAUGUCUUUUCAAACUCACAAAAUAAUAUUUACAUUCUUUAUAUUCAGGUUUAUAUGGUUUGAAUACUCCUUUCAUGGGUUUUUGGAAGACAUGUUUCUGUUUUACAAAAAUUAAAGUUUCUCCAAUCAUGCACUUUUUCCCCCUUCAGCUAAAAAAUUCACAGACCUCUCAUAUUGAUUUGGUUUAGGUUUGAUUGCUUAUCUAACAUAUUUUACAUUCUUGUAGCAAUAACCAUGUGAGACUGAACUGUAAGUACUUUUCCCCCACAUCCCAUGUUCUUUAAUGUUGGAGAGUUUAUUAUAGCAUCAUUUGGAGAGUUAUAUUUCAUUUAGCAUGGUAUCCUUUUUGAACGCAUAUCUGAAAGUGACCUAAAAUAAAGCACAGUUCAGUCUGA